GAUCUGCAACCUUUGUGAAUUCAUGACCGGUUUAUAAAUAUAGAGUAUACAAUUCGUUGAAAUAUCAGAUAUUUAUUACAAAAAUAAAUAACAUGGAUGGAAAAAUGAAAAGAUGGAUUGAGUUAAUUCAAACAGGAGAAUUAAACGGUAUAAUAGAAGAUAUUCAGACAAUCAUACCCAAACAAAAUGAAGACAUUAACAGGUAUAUUUUUAAACUGUUAUUGUAUCUUUCGCACACUGCAGAUAAAUGCAAUAGAGAAAAUUAUGCCAUGGGAAAAGAGAUCUAUAAAUUAACUUGUGCUCUGUGUUCAGUUUUAACCAAUGUAUUAAAUAAUAAUAAAUUUGUUUGUAGUUUAUUUCAUAUCAUUCGUUGCUUGUUAGCAAUGUACAUGUUUGAUGAAGCAUACAAUGUAUGUGUUUAUUUAAAAGCAGAGAAGUUAUGUUCUAAUUGUUCUAACGACAAUGUGAGUGAUAUGUUAGUAAAAAUAGCUUAUUUGUGGCAUAAUGCAGUUAAUAAUAAAUUUCUUAUUCUACAAAAAGAUCCAUCAGGUUCCAAAGAUAAUCUACAAUUAAAAGAUAUUAUAAAAUAUGAAUUAGAAAUGAUACAAAUUGCAUAUCAAAAUUCCACAAAGCAAUUACUUUCAAAGAUUAGUUCAUAUUUGGAUAAAAUUAUAGUCAUGAAUUCAGAAACAAAUAAAUGUUUAUCUGAUUUCUCUACAUUUACCACUGAUUACUUAAUUCAGACGAAAUUACUAUUUAACAUUGAAGAAAAGCAUGUCAUAUGUCGUCAUAUGCUUCAUAUAACAAGUAGAAUUAUAUGUGAAAAUAUUAAUGAAAAGUGCCUUAAGUCACCAACCAAAACUUUAAAUACUAUGAGCAAUUAUUUUAAGAAAAUUUUAGUUGAGGAUGAAGAAUGUUACCAAUGUUUCCUAUUGUUUGAGUCUAUAUGCCUUAUACUUUUAAAGCCAGUUGAAUAUUUAAUAGAAAAUGAUGUUAAAACGAUUCAAAAGUUGGGCAAUAGUUAUGAAAGACUUACAAAAAGCUAUGGAUAUACAGGAUCUAUUAAAUGGGCUACAUUCAAUAUUGUCCAUAUUUUAGAACCAUUGUUUAUAUAUUGGGAAACAUGUAUAAAAAGUGAGAAGAAAGUGUAUAUAAAAAAUGACUUAUUAUUGGAGAUAAUGAAUCUAGUUGGAUCUAUGAGUAUAUGUUUUAUCAAACAGACAUCAGACAAAUGUAAAUCUUGCCAAAGUGAAAAUUGUAUGGUCAGAAAAGAUAUAUAUAAUGCAGUAGCUAUAAAGACCAGAUGUAUCAAUUUAAUUAGCAAAUUUUCUACAAACGAUUUAUCAAAAGAUAUUUGUGUAAUAGCUAGAAGGUUUUUGGAGCAAAAUAUAGCAUUUAUCUAUGAAAUGAAAGAAUGUAAAUGCAAAUUGUGGACACAUUUAUGGUCCAUCUCUAGCGCCUUGAUUUAUAACUUAGGCAUAAUAUCUGGUUGCUUUUAUGAAGAAAGCAUAUUUUUAUUUUCUUUGUUAUUUACUUCUAUUAUACGGUUUGAUGGAAUUGAAUCGAAAUCGCGGCAUAUCAAUCUUCAGAAGCCCAUUGCUUUCAUAUUACAUAAAAUAAGUAGUCUUCAUUACAAUCAUGGCAUGUACAGAGAAGCAAUGACUGCAACUGCAUUAAAUGCGCUAUUGAACUACAAUGAUCCAGAUUCAAAAGCAUUUCGCAUGUGGGCAAAUAUAAAACUUAAGUCUGUAACUUCCAAGAAAAUUAUGGAAAUGACCAUGCUAGCUUGCUUGAAGAAGGAUAAAUCAAAGAUAGAAGAAUUAGGAUUAACUGUCGAAUUAUCAAAAUACGAUCUUGUAGAAUUAUGUUUAAAGGAGGUGAAAGGUUUACAAGAAGCAAAAGUUAAUUUAUCUGUUGCAAUUCAGAAAGUUCUUAGCGAAGUGGAAACUUUAAAAGUAAACCCAAUACAAUACGCUUACAUGGUCCAAAUGUUAGUAUGUCAUUCAUUAAAUUUCGAUGACAAUGAAGAUAUGUUAGAAUGUAUUAAGCAAGCUAUCUCAAACUUGAAAGAAAUUCAGGUGGAUUACUCUGUUUUGUGUUUACAAGCCAAUUUAGAAUUUUACAUCUUUGUAACACAAUUGCGUGCUGUGAGCAAAAGGACUCAGAUCGAAAUCGAAAAUACGAAAUUCACAUUGUAUGCUCCAAAAAUAAACGAAAUUGGAGAAAAUGAAUCUCGUAAUGUAAUACCAGCUUAUAGCUUGAUAAAUAUCAAGGAAGACUCUAGACUUAUGACAUACUUACAGGUACCAAUAAAAAAGUGGGAGAGAUGUUUAAAACAAAAUCUCAAGGAAGUUGCAAAGGGAUACGAACCAUUGAUAACUUUACGUACAUUAGUCAUAGCAGGUGAAUAUGCUCAUUUAUACAGGUACGAAGAAUGUGAAAUUAAUAUAUGGAAACUUGCAUAUGCAUUAGCAUUUGAAUUACAAGAUAAUUCUACAAUUAUUUAUGUUAUUGGACGUUGCAUAUCUUUGAGGUAUAUUAAUUAUGAAUGGAUUAAUACUGCUAAAGAGCUUGUCAUCAAAUUGAAAGAUAAUAAUGAUGAAGAUAUAAUUUACGCGAUCGCUAUUUUUUGGAUAAGCUUAUCAGAUUUUUACUUUGAAUGUAACAUGCAUGAUGAAGCUAGAAAAUUACUUGAUGAGUCCAGAAAACUACCAGGGAUUUCUUUCUUCAAAAAUAUAGCUGUAUACUUAUACAGCCUCGAUAGAAUUUUAUACAAUUGCUAUUUAUACAAAGAAAAUAUCAAACACGAAGAGUACACUCGAUAUAUUGUUGAAACUUUGUAUUCUCUGGUUAACUUAAAUGAGGAACUUUCUGAAAGAAAAUGGAAACCUCAACAUAAGUAUCUGUUUGGAUUCGACAUACUAUUCUCUGCCACUGUUAAUUUGUCCUUACGAAUGAACUGUUUAUUAUCUUUCCAAGAAAUUAGCGCUCAUUUAGUAAGGCGAUUAAAAACAGCACAAAUAUUGGGGGCAACCAUAAGAGUUGCGGAAAUUUUAAAAUCCCUCUGUUACAUCGACUUAUCACGUACACAAUUAAACGAUUGUGAAGUAAAACUUCAAGGAUUGGAACAUAUUCUAGAUAUUGAAACAUUUAAAUUAUCCAUGAACAGUAAUCUUGCGAAAAUGAAUAGAGGAAAUGUUUUAAUAACGCCAACUCGAACUAUAGAUCCUAUUAGAGAUCUUCCUGAGAAUAGUACCUCACCAGUUCUCCGAAAUAAAGUGUUUGAUUUACCUGAAUUUAUGUGUCAUAAAGAUUGUAAUUGUUAUGUUUGCCAAAAUACAUCAUAUCAUUAUUUGGUAUUUACAAGUACUCAUAUUAGAGCACAAUUAUAUGCAUUACAGAAAAAUACCACAGCUUCGUUACAACAUUUCCAUGGUGCAUUUAAAAUAAAGGAAAACUUGAUAAAAACAAAAAGAUACAUAUUAUCAUGUAGUAAUGAAUGUCUUCCUUGGCAAGAACGUUUUUACAGUAUAGAUUAUGUAUUAUUAUUAAUAAACUUCUCUUAUUUCCUGAGAAAUUUUUCGAAUACAAAACAAGAGAAAAUAAUGAAUAUCAUCUCUUUACUGAUUCGAAUAUGCAAUGUGUGCAAAUUGAAAGGACAUCCAAUAUACAUGAUUGUUGAAGAACUGAUGCUUGAUUAUCGUUUUCAAAAUAUAUUUAAUCCUUCUGAUUACUCUAAAUUCACAGUUCCAGAUGCUUCUGAUAUCGACAUAAGUAAAUACGUGCAAAAGUCGAGCAUUGAAGGAAGUAUUUGUAUAACACCAAUUAUUAAUAAUACUCGAGUGAAGAAACCUAUUACUCUUCGGCGUAAUCGAACUCCUCCUCUUUUAAAGUUAACCAAAGUUAGUAUGAACUUCAGUGACGAUGAAGAUACUUCUUCACCACCAUCCAGAUACAAAAAGACAAGAUCGCAUAGUAGAUUAACGAGACGAAAAAUUUUCGAUGAAGAAUACUCUGAAACUGUUAAUCAAUCCGAACAGGAAACAAAUCAAUUCAAAAGGAGUUUGUCGUUGCAGAAAUUGAUUGACACAAAGCAACACAAUUCGAACGUUUCAAUAAAAGAUGUAAUUAAAAAGAUCGAGCUAUUAGCACCAGAAAUAUCAGAACAUUUGAAUGAAACAAUAGAUAAUGUAGACGAGCUUGCAACAAGCGAAAAUGUUCAGAAAUUAAUUAAAACAGUUGAAAACUUUAAAGCGAAUACAAUUUUGCAAAAAAAUUCUAGGAAAACACGAAAUUCAAAGAAAGCAACUUCGAAUGACUGUAGUAAGAUUAAUGAAGUGAUCGCACUAUUUAAGGAUUUUUCUAUCAACAAAACAGAAGAUAAUUUGAAUCCAAUGAACAAAGAGAGUGCAACGUCUGAAUUUCAUGAAGGAUCUAUAUCUUUUAUGAAAAGAGAUACUUUAUUGUAUCAAAAACAGAAUAGAAGUAACGAAGAAAAUACAGAAAACUUGGACCAAAAUAAUUUAGAUAAUUUGAAAAAAACACCCACACGUGGAAGUGAAAAUACUAGAUUAAAAAUUACAAGAAGAUGUAUGGAACACAAUGUUCUGAAUAAAGAAUCACAUAAUGUAAGAACUAAAAAAUCAAAAGAAAAAUGAUGAUAUUAUAAUAAUCUGAUACAACACUACCAAUAUUGCAUAUUAAAUAUUAAAAAGUUGAAUCAUUAAGAGACUGGUAUUAUGUAUGUAUUUUUUAUUAAGUAUUAAAGUUAAUUUAUAAUGAAAAAAAUACCAGAUAUAAUUAAAAAGUUUUUCUUAAUCACAUUAUAUGUAUUUUAUGUACUGGUGUUAUGAAGUAAUUAAAUAUAUUUCGUAAAAUUUUUAAAAAUA